AUGGGAAAACGAUCCCAAGUCUCCGACAACGAAGAUUCUAGCUCGGAAACAGCAAUCGAUGUUUCUUUCGACUUUUUCUCUCCAAACUCAUCGGUGGACUACCAAGCUAUCAAAAGGCUUUUACAACAGCUAUUCGGCAGAGAUGCUGAACUGUUCAACUUGCAUGAACUAACAGAACUGAUAUUAGAGCAGGACUAUAUUGGUUCGACUAUCAAGACGGAUGGCGAGGAGAGCGAUCCGUAUGCCCUGCUGACUGUUUUGAAUAUGCAUCUACAUCAUCAACACCCAUCUAUGAAAGCUCUGGCACAGUACUGCCUAUCAAAAAGCCAGGAAGAAUCAUCUUCCUCCUUGCACGCCGAACUCCAAUCCCUCUUCUCCCAAUCCGAAAAGCACAUCGGUCUCGUCAUCUGUGAACGCCUGAUCAAUAUGCCUGUUGAAGUCGUCCCUCCACUGUAUAACAUGCUCAGAGACGAAGUUCGCAACUCGAUCGCUGCAAACCUACCCUUCAAAUUCUCGCAUCUCCUGUUCAUUUCCCGGACAUACCACUUAUCUCUUGAGGAGGAGUCAAUUUUGGAGAAUACCCUGCCUGCGUCACAAGCUCGGAAGAAGAAAACUAGGACCAAGAGGCAGAGGCCCGAAGGCACGGAUGGGACUGGCAAGUUUGGGGAUGCUGGACGACCGGAGGAUGGGAUUUAUAGUUUCCAUGCAGAGGAUGCGUUGCUUAGCUCGCUUGGCUCGCAUACACUGAACUACAAGUAUACGACACCCCCGCCAGAGACUCACCAAGAGAAGCGAGGGAAGGAUGCAUUUGGGUUGGAUGUGAGGGGGAGGAUGAUCCUCGUACCGAUGGACAUCAAGAGUCCGUCUUCGGAUGCGAUGGAGACGGAUGGGACGCAGGAUGCCUGGGAUGUCAUUGCGGAGCAGAUGAUGAAGGUUUAUGGGGUGUCGUCCUAA